UCCCGCAACCGCAGCAAUUCUGAAUCCAACACACCGGCGCACAAUGCGUAUGCCGAAAAAGAGCGUCGCGAACAUUGUGCGCGUCACUGGAGUGAGAAAGCGGAAGGUAGAGAAGCUCCUCAUCGAAGAGGAGGAGGAGGAGGAGGAGGAGGAGGAGGAGGAGGAGAAGUGCCCCCUCCGUCUAGAGGCGACGACCCCGGAGCGCUGGAGGCGAUUGGCGUCGGCUGGCCAAGUGCCCACCGUCGCCCGCGUGAACAGCUAGCGCGGCCUCUCCCCCCGAGGGAUGCGGGUCCACACGACGCACCGCACAAGGCGAGCCAGAAGAGGAGAAGCGACCACAGAGGACCAGCAAGACUGCAUGUCCGCUGACUCUCGGAGGUCCAGCGCGGAGUUCUUUGGGCCGGCGCCGGACCUGCCUCCCCACACUCUCCGGCGGCCUCUCUUGGAAGGGAUCUGUUUGGAUCAGCGCUCGACAGCCUCGGUGCGCAAUCCCCGUCCUCGGAUGUCUUGCUGGCCUUCGGAACAGCUGAGGACUGCCACGUGCGGCGGCCGCGCGCCUGGCGCCAGGGGCGCCCAGGGCGGCCUGGGGAAGCGGCAGGCCCGGCGCUGUGGCCUGGGCUGGCUCCCCCUGGCAGCCGUGCGGGACCCUCGCCAUCGCUCGGACGUCCAUUCCCCGUGC